UGGGCAGCCGCCGGCGGCCGCCACGCAAGCUCGUGCCGCUCGCCUACAAGCAGUUCAGCCCCAACGUGCCCGAGAAGACGCUGGGCGCCAGCGGGCGCUAUGAAGGCAAGAUCGCGCGCAGCUCCGAGCGCUUCAAGGAGCUCACGCCCAACUACAACCCCGACAUCAUCUUCAAGGACGAGGAGAACACCGGCGCUGAUCGCCUCAUGACCCAGCGCUGCAAGGACCGCCUGAACUCGUUGGCCAUUUCAGUGAUGAACCAGUGGCCCGGCGUGAAGCUGCGAGUGACUGAGGGCUGGGACGAGGACGGCCACCACUCGGAGGAGUCGCUGCACUACGAGGGCCGCGCAGUGGACAUCACCACUUCGGACCGAGACCGCAAUAAGUACGGACUGCUGGCGCGCCUGGCCGUGGAGGCCGGCUUCGACUGGGUGUAUUACGAGUCCAAGGCCCAUGUGCACUGCUCGGUCAAGUCCGAGCACUCUGCUGCGGCUAAGACAGGGGGCUGCUUUCCUGCAGGAGCCCAAGUACGCCUGGAGAGCGGGGCACGCGUGGCCCUGUCAGCCGUGCAGCCGGGAGACCGGGUGCUGGCCAUGGGGGCUGAUGGGAACCCCACCUUCAGCGAUGUGCUCAUUUUCCUGGACCGAGAGCCCCAGCGGGUGAGGGCUUUCCAGGUCAUCGAGACCCAGGACCCUCCACGUCGCCUGGUGCUCACGCCCAGCCACCUGCUCUUUACUGCCAGCAACCACACAGAACCAGCCGCCCACUUCCGGGCCACCUUUGCCAGCCAUGUGCAGCCAGGCCAGUAUGUGCUGGUGGCUGGGCCACCAGGUUUGCAGCCUGCCCGAGUGGCCGCUGUCUCCACACAUGUGGCCGUUGGGGCCUAUGCCCCACUCACAAGACACGGGACACUGGUAGUGGAGGACGUAGUGGCCUCCUGCUUUGCAGCUGUGGCUGACCACCACCUGGCUCAGUGGGCCUUUUGGCCUCUUCGACUGUUUCACAGCUUGGUGUGGGAUAGCCGGACCCUGGGAGAGGGUGUGCACUGGUAUCCCCAGCUGCUCUACCGCUUGGGACGACUCUUGCUGGAAGAGGGUAGUUUCCACCCAUUGGGGAUGUCUGGGGCAGGAAGCUGAAAGGGUUCCUGCCCUCCUGGAACUGCCAUACUGGGUCCAAAGAUCUCCCAG